AUGUAUGAAAAGAUGAAACCUAUACUCGCAGCUAAGCAGGAUAAUCCAUCAGUUUUGUCUAAUCAGAGAUUACAAGAGUUGGAGCACCAACUGAUCUUUGUUGUCAACACCAAUUUUGUUACAUGGAUGCUUGUACUAUCUAAUCUUGUCCAUGUCGCAGUAAUAACUCUUACAAGCGUAGCAGACGACAGUCACUGGGAUGAUACCGGAAGCUUAGACUGGUACAAUGUGGAUGAAGGAAGUAACUACAGUUCAAACUCAAUGUACGAAAGUUAUACAGCAGACACUGACUGGUCAACUGGUGCAGAUUAUAAGAGCCAUUCAGAUUCUUACUGGCUCAAUUUUCCUUCUAUUCAUCCAACAGCAAGUACAUCUGUCUUCAUUGACUGGUACGAUGAUACAACUUCCUAUCCCGACAUGACGAUUUCAAACUUGGAAUACCGGGAUUGGGAUAAUUGGCUUUCAGAAUUUGAUUCGAAAACGUUUUCAUCUUACCCAUCUUUUUCAAUAAGUAAAUCAGUAUCUAGCAUUGAAGACUGGUAUAUCGAUGGCAGAGUUUAUCCUAUUGCGUCUGUGACAUUUUCGCAUUCAAAUCUCUGGAAGAGGGAAGAUUGGCCGACUUAUUCGGAAAAACUUUUAUUGUAUCCUUCAAUGACAAUAAGUAAAUCUGUAUCUAGCAUUGAAGUCUGGUACAUCAAAGACACAGCUUAUCCUAGUUUUUCUGUGACAUUUUCAAGUUCAGUUGACUGGUACUGGAAAAACGGGCCGACAGACUCAGACACACAUUCAUUCCAUCUUUCCCUGACUAAAAGUAUGUCCUCCGUCAGUGUAGACUGGUCUGUUAGAGAGGACGUAUCAUAUUCGGUGGACUGGUCCACUUCGGAAUCCAUGCGUUAUUCUGAUAUAUUUGCAACUACAGAUGCUAUUCCGACUUCAAGCAUGAAGAUGAAUGAACAAAGCAUCCCCGACGUGUCAUAUCUCUCAUCGCGGUUUUCAAGUUCAUCCGAUGGCCCAGAUUGGUAUGAGGAAGACACUAUUUCAGUGUUGUUUUCUUCAAGAAGCGUUGAUAUUGAUGGCAGUUAUGAGACCAUAUUUCCUUCGAGAAGUAGUGACUGGGAUAGUUAUUCGCAUAUCAGCUUUACUCCCAUUAGCUCAUCACCUACAAGUAAUUACAUGCUAAGUGUUUCCUCAAGCCUUGCUGACUGGGAAGACAGCUCCUCAAACAACAGUGGAUAUGACCUAUUGACCCCAUCAUUCGAUGUACUCUCAUCGAGCCUUGCUGACUGGGAAGACAGCUCUUCAAACAGUGGACAUGACCUAUUGACCCCAUCAAGUCAUAUGAUGUCAUCGAGCCUUGCUAACUUGGAAGACAGCUCUUCAAGCAGUGGUUAUGACCUAUUGAACCCAUCAAGUCAUAUGAUGUCAUCGAGCCUUGCUGACUUGGAAGAUAUCUCCUCAAGCAGUGGUUAUGACCUAUUGGCCCCGUCAAGUCAUAUGAUGUCAUCGAGCCUUGCUGACUUGGAAGACAGCUCUUCGAGCAGUGGUUAUGACCUUUUGACCCCAUCAAGUCAUAUGAUGUCAUCGAGCCUUGCUGACUUGGAAGAUAGCUCCUCAAGCAGUGGUUAUGACCUAUUGACCCCAUCAAAUCCUAUGAUGUCAUCGAGCUUGCUGACUUGGAAGACAGCUCCUAAAGCAGUGGUUAUGUCCUAUGGACCAGUACGUAUUAGCAAUUGCGACACCGGUGUAAGUUCUACAGCAAUUAGCGACACCGGUGUAAAUUCUUCAGCAAUUAGCGACACCAGUGUAAGUUCUUCAGCAAUUAGCUACACCAGUGUAAGUUCUACAGCAAUCAGCGACACCGGUUCAUCAGGAAUAAGUUACACUAAAGGAAUUUCGUCAACAAGUAGCGGUAUCCAGAUAAGUCCUUCACCCAGCCUUGAUAAUUGGAUAGAUUGUUCUUCCGUUUCAUCAACCCAAUCGUCAUCAACGAGUGUGUAUAAUGAAACGAAUGUUGCUGCACAAGACGACAACAGUGAGGCAUCAACAGCGUCAUCUUCUGUUACGACUGUUGCGAUUGCAGCUGCAUGUGUCGGCGUCGUCAUUAAAGUGGUUAUAGUAAAGUCAGCGGUUUACAGUGUCGCCGCGGCGGCGCAGGCUACUGCCGCAACUACAGGCUCUACUGGUAUAUCCGGUCAGUCUACGACAGCCAGUAUGUCAACUGUUAAUGUGAACUUACCGCCAUCAACAAACAUGAACGCAACUCCCCAGUGUAAUACUUUAGCAGGAAAUUUCCCGGCUGCUCCGCAGAACGUCCUUGCUACCGCUGUCUACGGAGUUGCUCAGGCUCCUGCAGUAUUUGUCUACUAACUUAGAGAAAUGCUCUGUAAGAAAAGAUAUCAAACAGACAGUCUUGAUAAGACACCAUAUUUGGACUGAAAUGAUACAGUCUGGUACUGUAUUACUUGUUUUAUUAUGACAUUCUA